UCAGCCUGACACCACAAUCCAAUACUUGCACAAUGCUACUUUCCGUUCCCAACAUGUCUUCUGUUCAGAUACCCCAUGGUAGCAUGAAGAACAAUCAACCAGUUUCCAACGACCAUCUUAUCCACUCUGCAUCACUUGGCACACUUGUUAUCAAUUCCAAGAUUGGUGCAGGCUCAUCUGCAGGUGUUUAUACCGCACAUUCACUAAACGACCCUUCCCAAGUAUAUGCUGUCAAGAGACUGCCUGUACGUAUUUCCAAAGAUCCCACAACAGGUGAAGUGUCUAGCCGUCAAGUGUCGGAGGCGAUUCGCACCGAGAUUCGGGCCAUGUGUGACCUUGCUGAUUGCCCGCUUGUAGUGAAAUUAUAUGACGUCGUCGAGUCACCCCAUCAUAUUAAUAUUGUAAUGGAACAUUGCACAACGGACCUGCUUAAUGCACUCAGUGAAUACAAUGAGAGUAACGGAGCAGCAGGAACUGUUCUUGCACGCACACUUAUUCUACAAAUGAUGGAUGCUGUGAUUGAUAGCCAUGCGCGAGGUAUUUAUCAUCGAGAUUUGAAACCCGAGAAUCUGCUCGUAUCCCGUAGCCAAGGCACACUUAAAAUCUGUGACUUUGGUCUUGCGACAUAUCAGCGACAGUCGUUGCAGUUUGGCUGUGGAUCCAACAGAUACAUGUCCCCAGAGUGCGCUCGUCCUGUGCAAGUCACGGUUCCCAGCUCUAGUGACAAGAACCGACUCAAGGUCAAACUGUUACCAUACGACUGUGCUCUUGGUGAUACUUGGUCAGUAGGCAUUCUUAUGCUCAACAUUCUGACUGCCAAAAAUCCGUGGGAAAUGGCAGAUGCACAAACUGAUGUUAGCUAUCGAGCGUAUCUUGACAAUCCAGACAUUCUUGCUAAUUGGUUCAAUCUAGCACCAGAGAUGGCGACUGUGAUUCGAGGAUUACUACAUCCCGAUCCAGCAUUGCGCAUGUCUUUACCACAGGCUAGAUUUUCAGUUGCCAACAUUCCAUUAGUGCCAUCCUUUUCAGCCCCAGUCUCGACUGCUGAUACUCGAACCAUUGAUUCGACCUCGAUCCACACUCUGGAUUCAAGCGCUUGUUCCGAAGAAAAGCACACAGUGGAUCGCCACACCGAGCGUGAGGACACCUGCGAAUCUACACAAGCAUCUUCUGACACAUGCAAGUUGUCUUGCCACUCUUGCAUUCAAUGUCAGCAAUCGCAAUCCAUUUGCAUUCCAUCAACACCCCAAACCACUCCAUUGCGUGGCCCAGUCAUUCAUUCCGGUUGCGUCAGUAAAUUAUCCGCACCCCAACAACGUUGUAACUCGCCAUUGGUUCGGAGAAUCCCUUGGCACUUUUAAAUUGUCAUCCUGACCAUUCAUUGCUCUUUGGUGCUUUGAUACUGCUUGUUUGCCUCGUUCACAUUCAUCCGAUUGCCUUUCACAUUGCAUGCUACACUAGUUUGCUGAGUCGUUGCUACCCAAUAUGGCUGUCAUUUCUUUUAAUAGUUUAUACUUGCUGAAACUCGCAGUUUGCUUCUGCAGGUCUGUUGCUAUCAUUUAAAGACAGCAGCAUCUAGAUUCUGGAACACUAUUCACUCCAUCCAUUUUGAUAUGGACUGCAUGAUGCACAUAUGCAUCUGGAACCACAUUGACCAUUCGCAUGCAAUCGUUUGCUUUUACACUUGUAAGAUCGAUUGCAAAAACACAUUUGAAUGAUUUCUAAAUCUUGGUUAGAAUCCGACUUUUUUUAGUUGAAUAAAAUAUACUUUUGGCCAUCUUGGAUUCU